AUGAUUUCUUCAUUCGAAUUAGCUCGGGCACGGGAGCGGAUCUUGACGGUUCAGCCCAAGAUACUGGGUGGGGAUCUCGAUCUAUCUGAUUGUCCAUUGGGCACGAGGUGGUCCCGUGAGAAAAAAGUUCAAGGUAUCAUGCGGUUCAAUUUGGCCGCGUACCGGGAUCAGCUUGCAGUUCUCGCAGAGUCUGAUUUUGUAUGGAUGCCGUACACGACUCUUUUGGGUCGUAUUGCCAGGGUUUGUCUUGUGGGACAGGGCAUAUGGCGAUCUCAGACAUGGCUCAUCUGCGGUGAUGUCGUUGCGCCACACAACCCUAGUAGGGUAUUUCGCCAAUUUGGUUAUCACCAGCAGAUACCCGGCGACGCAUUACUUCUCACUGCGGCGGAAAUUACUAGCCUGCUCAAGAGGAAGCCGUUUGGAGGAUCCGAUAGGAGAUGGUUACAACAACUAGGGAUAUAUCUCCAGGUUUGGAAUGAUCGCCACGGCCAACUUGUGGGGACUGAUGAUGAUUAUGUUGGCGAGCCUUCUGCAGAUCCGGAGUAUCUCUUGUGGUACCAUCAGGCCACAUUGAUGGAGGACGUUCGUAGUCUGAGUAUUAUAGGCCAGCGUACUUUCGACGCGGACUCCUUUGGUUAUGAUCGCUUAGGCGAGAUUGCCCAGGUUGCUGAGCGGGCGUUGUCCGUCAAUGCAACAAAUGUUGUACGUCACGAUCUCGAUAGGCAUGUUGAGGUUCAUGACAUUUUGAAUCAAGAACUUGCACCUGUAGACCCGACCCAACAACAUCCACCACCCAGACCUCCGAGGCGUUCGCGCAGGUCUCAGCGUGGGCGUGGGGGGCAAGAGACAAUCACAUCAUCUCAGCCACAUCAGUCCUCCCAGCAUGAGCAGUCUCAUAUUCCCUUCACUGGCGGUUCAUCCCAUCAGUCUCCACUCCAUUCUCGACAGCAUUCAGCCCAUCAGUCUCCACAUCAUUCAUCCCAUCAGUCUCCACAUCAUUCUUCGCCGACCCAACAGGCGUUUUACCGUCCGAUUAUGUCUCCCCAGCACCAGUAG